GAACCUCUGUGUUGAAUGCGUUCAAGCUCACCAUAAUUCAUCCUACAUUGAUUAUCAGUAAGGGCAUCAUGAGUCCAAUUCGACUCGCAGACAUAGAUAAGCCAGAUUACAAAGUUCAAGCAUCUCCUAUCAUAAUUUGGACAUGACUGGCCCUUGCCAAAAACUCAUCCUCGCCUGAAAUUAUUGAGCAGCAGUGAAAUUAUACAAAGUGAAACCAUGUUUUGGGGGUUGGCCCUCAUCGGGCCGGUUUUGGCCUUGGCAAUUGUACCGGUGAAUUCCGUGACUCAAGUGAAUGUCACAGAAAUCAAUACAAGGGUGGAGUGGACUCUGGACGACAGCCCAUACGAGGUGGAAAAUGACCUGCUCGUGUUGGACCGAGGUGAACUUGUCAUCGCACCUGGAGUGGAGAUCCAAUUCCGAGCCCAGGUGGGAAUUACAGUCCGAGGCGUCUUGAAAGCCGAGGGAACCGAGGAGAAUAAGAUCCGUUUCAUUCCCCGAGAACCCAUUCACCCUAAGCAAACCAACCGAACCAUUCGAUUGGUUGAUGGUCCCACGGUAAACGAAGGGGUCAUUCAAAUCCUGGAUCAGGGUUGGUGGCGAUCUGUGUGCACAAAUUCGAAGAAUUGGACUGCCAUCGAUAUGGGAGUGGCUUGUAAGCAAUUAGGCUUCCAAGGAGGAGAAUGGUACCAUUGGUAUCCUCAUUUGAACCAGACGCGUCAGAUCUUAUUUGAAGAGCCAGAGUGCUAUGGAACUGAGGCCAGAAUCGAGGACUGUCGAUUUCAACGUCGAAAAUUUGGCUCCGGGGUUUGCGAUCUGCACCCAAAUUUGGGGUUGCGAUGUCUUCCGUUUCACCAUAGAGAUGAUCCAUCGUCAGAUGGCCAUUGGCGGGGACUCCGAUUCGAAAGUGCCUCUUUCAGAAAAGAUCUGACUAGUGACAACACUUUGUACGUGUCCAAUUCAAAGUCUCGGUUGACCCACGUGGAAAUUAUUGGAGCAGGCAGCGGCAGAUAUCUGGGAAAAAGCAAUACCACUUCGGCCAUUGAAACAUGGGGUGUACCACCUAUCAUGGAGCACAUGCUAGUCACAAACUCUGCUUAUAAUGGCAUUAACAUAACUCAACCGGGUGGACUGGUAUCCAUUGCCUAUAGUAACAUCACUUAUAAUCGGGGUUAUGGAAUAUAUGUGAACUCCACAAAAGGCACGGUGUCCAUCUUCAACACGUCUGUGACCAAGAACUUUGCCGAUGGAAUCAAAUACUUCUUUCACGAUUUCCGUCCGGAGACCAAACUCAUCGACGGCGUGGAUAUUCAUGAUUUCUGCACAUAUUCCACCACGUACAGUCAAACCUAUCCAUUUCUCAUGGUAGCUGAGCAAUAUGGUGACAGCACAGUGAAUAGAUCUUGCAGUAAACGAUUCUAUACCAGCCAUGGCUACGUGCUAACGCUCCACUUCGUUCAUUUUAUGGCGAAAACUAACGAUGGUGUGACUUUAGAGAUUCGCGAUGGAAGCGACGCAUCUGCUAGACUUAUCAAAGAAAUCCAAGUCAAGAACUACACACGUCCUGAGAGCUUAGUCACCACGGGCAAUAACUUGUUCAUCACGUUCAAAGCUGAGCCUAAAUUGGCCUCUGAAGUGUUCCUGGAGGUAACCGCUGGGCCUAAAAAAGCUUAUGACAUCAACGUGACCAACUCGGUGAUUGAGGACAACGCCGGGAGGGGAAUCUGGGUGGAGUGGAUGAGAAGUGCAGCACACAUUCACAAGUCCACCAUUCAACGACAUAAUUACGUGGCAGGCUUACAUGUUAGUGGGGGAGCCGGUGAUGUUAACGUGACCCAUUCAGUGAUAUCCAAUAACUAUGUCGAUGGCAUCAACGUCACUUAUGGGGGUGGACAUACCAACGUGUCCUGGUCAACCGUCAGUGAUAACGUGGGUAUGGGUGUGGCGUUGUGGAUCAACGAAACCACCGUCAAUUUCCCGGUCAAACAGGAGAUGACAGUGUCGUAUUCAAACAUCUCACUGAACCACGAUAUUGGUGUUCUUGUUGGAAACUAUUGCGGACCAGCCAUUGUGAACAUCAGUGGCAACUAUUUUGACGAUGGGAGAUACAUUGGAUUAGAGAUUUUGUCUUGCUGGAGAGACACACUCUUGGAACACGUACCCGAAGGCGUCACCGAUAUUUUCAUCGGUCAUAACUUCUUCAGAGGGCACGAGCGAGUGGCUCUUAAGAUGAGUCCUUUGGUGCGUGCACAAGGCCAAAUUGUCCACAACGACUUCCGAGGCAACAACGAUGGUUGUCUUUACAUUUACAAUAAAGACGACUUCAUUCUAGAAAUCCAGAAGGCGCAGUUGUUGAUUGAGGAAAACAGAUUCUUAGAGAAUUCAGGUCGCUUUGUUCUCAAUCUUGGUCUGUCGCAUUACGAUUUCAAAAAGAUUCAAAAUCUCAACAUGCGCUUCAAUUGGGUGCAACAGAAUCGGAUAAGUGAGCCUUGGCAUGACUUAAACGCACGUAGCAUGGUGGCUGCAGUUGUGGUCAUCGGAUCGGAUAACGUUCAAAUUCAUAGGAAUUUGAUUGAGAAUCCUGCCUCUCGUUACGAGAUCGGGUCGCAUCUUGUGGAACCCAAUACCCAGAUUAAGUGCGAAAAUAACUGGCUGGGCUUUAAAGAAGAGCAAUUCGUCUGGGAACGGGUGUUUGAUCGAGACGAUCGCUACAACUUGGCCAAGAUCAACUAUGUACCGUACCUCCUUUCCAACAACAUCAAUACAGAAUUAAUUUUAGAAAAGCCGGAGUGGGAACAUCAGUUCAUAGACUCUGACAACUUUGAAAUCGGAGGAGAGGUCACUGGAGUAGAAGAGCUCAAACGAGAUGGGGUGUACCUGGUCCGCCGAGACAUCAAUGUCAGACCCAAUGGGCGCCUCAAAAUCACCCCUGGUGUGAAACUCCAGUUCGAACACAGCGUGGGCAUGAUGGUGUCCGGGGAAUUGAUCACGGAAGGAGACCUCAAAGGGGGCAAGCCCGUGUUCACUCUACAUGAGCCAAUGCCUGUCAACGGUACCGUUUCCAAGAUCAGAUUAGUUGGAGGCAAAUCCAGUCGAGAGGGCCGCCUCCAAGUCCGAAUCAAUGAUCAAUGGGGCACUGUGUGCAAUCACGGCUGGACGGUUCAUUCCGCUGCUUUGGCUUGUCAACAAAUGGGAUGGGUUUUGAAUCCAGAGGAUUGGGAUCUCAAGCCCGACGAGAUUCCAUUAGUUGGUUCGGACCAUCCCAUCCUCUUGAGCAACGUGAGAUGUGGUCCGUUGGAUACGGAUGUGACAUCCUGCAAGCUGAGUGAAGGAACAGAUAUGAUGCAUAACUCUUGCACUCACGAAGAUGAUGUCGGUUUGAGGUGCUAUGGUCUCUCAUGGAGUGGGGUCCGAUUAGGCAUGACUGCUAAACGGAGUAAGCUCUUCGACGUGCAUAUUGAGAAGGCUGGCUUGUACGAUUUUCGACUUCAUGAGUUCAAGGCAGCCUUGCAAGUGGAUUUCAGUCACCACGUGUUCGAGCACAUUGUUGUAGCUGACAAUGAUUACGAUGGUUUGGGGGUGUAUUACUCGGACAUUUAUCAUCCGGACAAGGUCAACAUCAUCAAGAACUCUCAAUUUCUCAACAACAAGAGACAUGGAGUCAGUUUCCGUCAAGUGGGCAUGGUUCUUAACAACUGCGAGAUUGUGAACAACCGUGGAAGUGGGAUCCACCACGACGCCAUGUUGGACAAAUUGGAACAAAGGGAGCUAUCAGAAUGGAUGUCCCUCAAACGAGAACGAGACGAGAAGUUGGUGUUUGACAUUCCAUCCAAAGAUAACAAGGGCACCACUGCUGGAGACCCAAUCAUCAUUCCUGAGGGAGAAUCGCUCCUAAUUGAAACCAAGACAUUCAAUGAAUCCACGGAAAAGACCUAUUACAUACGAGCCGAGAGAGACGAAUUCGUAUUGGGGAUGCAACUCAUUAAUCCAUUCCACAAUUACACAUCCGAAGUACUUCUCGUCUAUGACUUCAAGGAAGUCACUUUGGAGGGAGGGAUUGAGGUUUGGAACAUUUCCCGGGAUAUUGCAAGCUUCCCAACGAUUAGUUCAAGUUAUGCUAUAUCCCUUAAAUACGAAAGUGGUUCUAAUGCCCUGGGUGGAAUGAUGUUCCUCAUAACGCCAAUCAAUUGUGCCAAUCUACCAGGGAACUGCAACACGAGAGCAUACUAUGUCAACCCUCUUCAUCGUGAUAGAAUCGUCCCAGGAUCGUUCUCGAGGUUAACCGUUCAAAAGAGUGUGAUAUCCAGGAACGGUCGGGGCAUCUCGACAGUCCACUACAAUCGGUUCUUGGGUCAUGACAAUCAAAUCUACUUGAGAAAAUCAAACGAAUCGAUCGAAGUGUUUGAUUCAGAAAUAUCUUUCUCGGAUCGAGAGGCCAUCCACGUGUUCACACCUUUUCGUGAGAUCCAUCCUUACAAUAUCACGGAAAUUACGUUCAUGAUCAAUCGAACACGCUUCUUGGACAAUACUGGAGGAAUCUAUCAGUAUUCCAAAGACCUCAGAGAUUCCAACAACCUCUUUCACUGGGUGCUCCGUGAGAAUGUCUUUGAGCGUAAUGGUGGUGGAGGCAUUGACAUCACAUUGCCAUAUGUAUGGCAAUACAACGCCAAUUACACACACACUAUCCACUUGGAUAGCAACGUCAUGGUUCAGAACAAGGAUUUUGGCCUCACUAUUCGCGGCCAUUUCGCUCGAGUCUAUAUUGUGAACAAUACCAUCUUCGACAACUUUUGUCGUGGCGGUCUUUUGGCGCUUCGAGGAAUGGAAAAGGAGUCUUGGAUCUUCGCGAACAACAUCCAAAACAACGACGGAAUUUACAUGGCUGAAUUUGAGUUGGAUUCUCACUCGGAGAUCUUAGGAUUUGUCGAGGCUUAUUUCACGCAGAACGUCAUCCAAAACAAUCAACACUCUCAUGAGGCCUACGACCAUCCUUACCAUCCAGCCAGCUACGCUGUUAGCAUUAAAGGUGUUCAAAAGUUCAACAUCACCGACAAUCUGUUUGGUAACAACGGACUUGAUUAUGAACUACUUGCGGGCGUUAACACGGCCAGAGUUUCGAAUUAUCUCAACGUAGAAAGGAACUUCUGGGGAACACCUAAUUUGGAACUCAUUCGGGAGAGGAUUUUUGACUUUGACGAUUGGAACUCGUAUGCCAUUGCAUCUUUUCUACCUUAUUUCCUGGAAAAUAGUUUCGAAAGCUCGCUCUCGACUUCGUUUGAUCAAAACCCACCUUUGGACUUGGACCGAUUAGGGGGUCGUUUAUAUGAAUCCCUUCGCUUGAUUGCCCGCCCCGGAAGACCAUAUGUGAUUCAAUCCGAUCUUACCGUGAUGCCAGAUGCCACAUUGGUGAUUGAACCUGGAGCAGAAUUACAGUUCUAUCCGAGCGUGGGCAUUCUCGUUCUGGGCACACUUCACGCCCAAGGGCGAAUGGAGCAAAAUAUCAUUUUCAAACCGGUGGAACCACAUAUUCAAAAACAACAGAAGCAACAACAUCUCCAGCACUCGAAAACGAAACGGGCCCCAAGCAUUCAAAGACCCAUGACAGCCCUCAACAGUGACGAAAUUGACGUUCGACUGUGCAUUGCCGACAAAAACGGGACAGUCUGCCCUCCUGAAACCGAUCAAGGUUUUUUGGAAAUCUUCAAUCGCACGACCCAUCAGUGGGUUCCAAUUUGUGACAAGCGCUUCGCGGAACGCAAUGCCCAAGUGAUUUGCAAGCAAUUGGGCUUUGAUUUUCUCAAUGUGUACCUCGACUUUGACCAGAGGAUCGAAUACAAUGCCCUGUCUUUGGUGCGAACCAUAUUUUGGCCAGAGCCCUUUCAAUGCACGGGCAAUGAAAAACGAUUGGCUGACUGUCCCCUCAGAAUGGAUGGCGAAAAUCAAGAAUACGGGCGUGAAUUUCAGUGCAAUUGGAAAUCCAAAGAUUUUGUUUUCAUUCAUUGUGGGAAGCCCAACCUGGAUCCGAAUUACUCGUAUUGGGGCGGCAUCCGAUUUUCGGUGAAGGAGUUUGAGCAAGAGCUCUUCCAUGAGCGCAUCCACGAUGCUGUUACGCACUCAACUCUAGAAAAGCACCAAUCCACCCUUGAAUAUGUUCAAAUUGUUGGAGCUGGUAUUCUCCAUGGGGAGAAGUCUCCUGCCGUUCAAGUGGUGAUGAAAUCGCCCCUUUUGGCCAGUUUAAACAUAUCUCAUUGCGCCCACGAUGGCAUCAAUUUGGUGUCUCCUUCGAAAACUAUGAACAUGCUUUACAAUAAGAUAGAGAAUAACAUGGGGAUUGGCUUGAGUGCUGCCGUGAUGACAGGAGAGGUUCGCCAAGAAGAACUUUCCGCAUUUGUUCCCAUUGAGCACAUUCCCAUUCCGUAUCAUAACUUUGGAUUGGUUGACAUUUGUGACCCACAAAAGGAAAUUGUCGUCGAAGAGAGAAUUUUGCUUUACUAUAAGUACGAUAAUUACCCUGUGGAUUGUGUUAAGACGUUUUCAAGCAUUUAUGACGUCAAGCCCAUUGGAUUCAGGCUCCUACAAUAUCAGCUGGUCAAUGGAACAAACGAGGCUUGGACUGCAGACAAUAUCGCACUCUACGACGGCGAUAUCUAUAAUGUUUCAUCCGCUAAGAUCGUGGAGCUUAAGGUGGACGGUAGUACCUUGGAUCGAAGCUUGUACAGAACAAGCCGAACCAAUGCCAUGGGGAUCAAGUUUCAUUCCACAGGAUCGAGAGAAGAUUUGGGAUUCUUAGCUGAAGUGGUGACCUUGCCAAUAUCCGUGGCAGGUAUCGAUCGAGAUAUCCGUCACAAUAUAUCGUUUUCUGUUUUCGAGAACAACCAACGUGGAGCGGUUUAUUAUACUUCAGCCGGGGAAAUCAAUCCCAUUAUCACGAUGCAACGGAAUCGCUUUGCCGCAAAUUGUGUUUCACUUUACGGUAACUUCAGUACUUGUCAAUCUGCCAUCCAUUUGGAUAUUCAGAACACGCAGGAUGUUUUCUUCUACAACAAUUUCGUGAACAAGAACAUAGGAGGACUCUCCAUUCAAGCUGGAAGUAGUGGAACGGCAACUGCCAUGCGGGGACUCCUUCACAAUAACGUUUUUGAAGGGAAUGAAAAGAAAUCAACUUUGGAGGUAUCUGGACGACAAACCAGCCCCUAUCAGGAAGUCGCUAUGUUCCGAAAUUAUUUUACCCGGAACAAUGUCACCCACGAACCAGUACUCAAGCUUACUCAGGUGGUUUGUAAUGUGAGUCACAACACCGUCCACAAUAACUACGGCAAGUCGAUCAUGGAUGUGACUGGAUUCAACAACGUCCGUUUGCCUAUCUAUCAAAGUUUCACCCAUAAUGGCUUCUACAACAAUAUUGCGUAUGGGCUUCAUUGUGAAAAAACUGCCCUUGGUCAUUGCCGAUGGGGAAGUCGAGCUACAAUUGUAGCCGGCUCUGCUGGGCAAGAAUAUGUUGACAAUGUUUUCUACAACCGGAACAAUGACUAUGAGCUAGUCACUUUGAACCGAUCCGAGUAUGAUGUAUGGAAGACUCCAAUCAAUGCCAAAUACAACUAUUGGGCAUACAAUGAAACCUACGCGGUGGCUGGACGGAUAAAAGAUCUCCAUGACGAAGAUGGUCUUUUGGAAGUCGACUUCACGCCGUUCCAAAUGAACAACAAAAGUUUACUCAGUGGGAAAUGUCAGCCAGGUUGGACGCUUCUCGGAGACACAUGUUUCAUGUAUCUGGGAGGUCCAAUGUCUUUCCAACAAGCUAACGAGUUCUGUGCCAAAGACAACGCUACACUUCCCACUAUUCGGAACUUUCGUCAAUACUAUCAGCUCACUCAUUACCUUGAGACCCAACAAGACGAUUGGCGCUACUACGACAUGGUAUGGAUCAAUGAUUUGGACAACCAGUUGUGCAACGUGUUUGUGGAUGGAAGUGUAAAGAGCGUGUCGUGUGACUUUAUGCUGCCCACCUUAUGUGAAAUGGAUGAGCAUGUCCGGUUAUCGGCUCCCACGUCGGUCGCUGAGCUGCAAAAAGAGGUGAUCUACUCAAUGAUUGCCGUUGGUUUAAUGUUGCUUCUCGUUUUCGUUAUGUGUUGUCUUUGGUGCAAUAAGUCGAAGCAAAGAAAACAGGAGCGAUUCGGCCGGCGAAACUCCAUUCGCCUAUCCAAAAGCUCUCUGGGGUCUAGAUCUAUAGCUUCGAUGGCCAGUACCAACUUUAGUGAAGUCAACUACCGACGGAGACUUUACCAACAACCGAAUGGGGGUGGAGCAAACCGGAUCGUGUCAAAUAGUAGCUAUGACACUUUGGCUGAGAAGCGAUCUCUGGCCCUAAAUUCAACCGCUGAUGAUGAUCUUCGUUCUUAUGAAGUGUUCGAAGCCCAUAAUCCCACGAACACCAAUCCUUUUGGAAGCCAUCUCUCGCCUAAUCAAAGUCAGCAGACGUUUGCCGAUAUGCAUAACGUCCACUAUUCCAUGUCGGACGGAGGAGCUGCUUCCCAAUCACAGUAUUUCCAACCCAAUGGUGCCGUUCGAGAAACGCCCGUUCCAACCUACGACAAUUCAGCUUUCCGACCCGACUCAAGUGCCGGUCACCAUACCCAUAACUCGCCGUGGCAAGGCACAUCAAACACUUGGGGCAAAAACCAGAAUAUGCGCGACGAAACGCCAUACACGACUUCUUCAUUUGGAACUCAGCCUCUUCCAGGGGUUCCAGGGACCCAAGAAAGAAUGGUCAAAAGUGAAGAAGACCAAGAGGAUCGGAAUCCUUUUCGUGGGGACAUGGAUAUGAGCCGCCGAUCGUCUGCAACCAAUCUGCUCGAUCCAAGCCCGUUUGACGGCCCAAAUAUGUCUACCCUGGACUCGAACACCAAUCGAUCCACGUUCAAAGUUGGUGAUCGAGACCAGAACGAUUCUGCCUACAGUGGAAACAUCCCUUCCGUACCUGGUUACGCUCAACCUUUUGCUCAUCUGGACAGACCUUCGGACCCACCUCCCUCGCCUCCUUCGCCCGAAAAGAAGGUCGUUCCCGCACUUGCUGUGCCUCCUCCUAAACCUGAUCGGAGUCAUUUACUGGAUUCGUCUUUCGAUGAAGACCGAAUGGCUUCUCGGCCAACACGAUCACGAAGUGUGGAUCAAAUCUUGGAAACCAAUUUGGAUAGCGAUUCGAGUUGGGAUGACCCAGUGCCUCUUGGGUCGGUGAACAAGAGUCGGACCGAAUCCAAUCUGUUGGAGACAGAUAUGUAAAUCCCACAUCAUAAGAACUACUAGGUCACCUAAAUAGAUCAAUUAUUUUCCAACACCAAAGAUGAACAGAACAGUCAAAUACAAAGGGAUAUGAUUUUUACUCGA